UACAGGGCGGGCAGCCGCAGGCGACCCCGAGCCCAGCCACGGAGCCAUGGCCCUGAGCGAGCUGGCGCUGCUCCGCUGGCUGCUGGAGAGCCGUCACUCGCGGAAGCUCAUCCUGUUCAUCGUGUUCCUGGCGCUGCUGCUGGACAACAUGCUGCUCACCGUCGUGGUCCCUAUCAUCCCAAGCUACCUGUACAGCAUUAAUCAUGAGAAAAAUAGCUCCGAGGUCCAGACCGCCAAGCCCGUGCUCACGGCGUCCACCUCAGGCAGUUUCGAGAGCAUCUUCUCUUACUACGACAACGCCACCAUGGUCACGGGGAACAGCACCCGAGAGCUUCACAGGGGGCUGCUACGGCCGGCCGCCACGCAGCACACAGUGACGAACACCUCCACUGCGCCUUCGGACUGUCCCAGCGAGGACAAGGACCUCCUGAACGAAAACGUGCAAGUGGGCCUCCUCUUUGCCUCUAAAGCCACCGUCCAGCUCCUCACCAAUCCCUUCAUAGGAAUGUUGACCAACAGAAUUGGCUACCCAAUUCCAAUGUUUGCGGGAUUCUGCAUCAUGUUUGUGUCAACAAUUAUGUUCGCCUUCUCCAGCAGCUACGCCUUCCUGCUCAUCGCCAGGUCGCUACAGGGCAUCGGCUCCUCCUGCUCAUCUGUAGCCGGGAUGGGCAUGCUGGCCAGUGUGUACACGGAUGACGAAGAGCGAGGCAACGCCAUGGGCAUCGCCCUGGGAGGCCUGGCCAUGGGGGUGCUAGUGGGCCCCCCCUUUGGGAGUGUGCUCUACGAGUUUGUGGGGAAGACCGCUCCAUUCCUGGUGCUGGCUGCCCUGGUGCUCUUGGACGGAGCUAUUCAGCUCUUUGUGCUCCAGCCGUCCCGGGUCCAGCCAGAGAGCCAGAAGGGGACGCCGCUAACCACUCUGCUGAAGGACCCGUAUAUCCUCAUCGCUGCAGGGUCCAUCUGCUUUGCAAACAUGGGGAUUGCCAUGCUGGAGCCAGCCCUGCCCAUCUGGAUGAUGGAGACCAUGUGUUCCCGCAAGUGGCAGCUGGGCAUCGCUUUCUUGCCAGCUAGCAUCUCUUAUCUCAUCGGAACCAAUAUUUUUGGGAUGCUCGCGCACAAAAUGGGGAGGUGGCUUUGCGCUCUUCUAGGAAUGAUAAUUGUUGGCAUCAGCAUUUUAUGUAUUCCUUUUGCAAAAAACAUUUAUGGACUCAUAGCUCCUAACUUUGGAGUUGGCUUUGCAAUUGGAAUGGUGGAUUCAUCAAUGAUGCCCAUCAUGGGCUACCUGGUUGACCUGCGGCACGUGUCCGUCUACGGGAGCGUGUACGCCAUUGCUGAUGUGGCAUUCUGCAUGGGAUAUGCCAUAGGUCCUUCUGCUGGUGGGGCUGUCGCAAAGGCAAUUGGAUUUCCAUGGCUCAUGACCAUUAUUGGAAUAAUUGAUAUUCUUUUUGCUCCUCUCUGCUUUUUUCUUCGAAGUCCACCUGCCAAGGAAGAAAAAAUGGCUAUUCUCAUGGAUCACAACUGCCCCAUUAAAACAAAAAUGUACACCCAGAAUAAUACCCAGUCGUAUCCAAUAGGUGAUGAUGAAGAAUCUGAAAGUGACUGAGAUCCUCAAAAGUCAUCAAAUUUAAUUGUACAAAACCGUGUUUCCAGUGAAAUGACUCCUCCGGAACUGUCUUAGUCAUACCAUUCAUCCCUGGUGAAAGCAAAACAACCAAAGGUUAUUCAUUCUUCUCCGUGGUUGUGAUUGAUUGCCAACAGCCUUAUAAAGAAAAAGCAGCUUUUCUAGGGGUUUGUAUAAAUAGUGUUGAAAACUUUAUUUUAUGUAUUUGAUUUUAUUAAAUAUUAUACAAUAUAUUUUGACGAAAUAGAUAUAGUGUAAAUCUAUAAAUAUUUGAAUCCAAAUCAAAUAUAAUUUUUAAAAAAACUUACAUUCAUGAACACUUGGGCAAAAAAAUCUUAUAUUUUUUCUGAAUAUUGGUAAUGAGUGUUUAAAAUUAAAGCACACAUUAUCUCCGAGA